UAAUUCGACAACAGUGAGUGAAUUAAUCGUGAAUUCUAAGCAAACUACUGUUAGAAUAUAUUGUAUACUGUCAUGUCAUAAUAGACAUUAAUAGACAUAGAUGACCUAAGAAAUCUAGCACUGGACUAAUACUUAAUUGUUAUGUUUUACAUAAUUCUCUGUGUACUCUAUAUUGUCAGUGAGACAUGUUACGGCAACGAGGAUGUUAUAGACAUCCCAGAGAUCACUACAGAACCAACAGCAAUGAUUUCGCGGGUGUCGGGUCUCAAAAUUACGCUACACUGCAAGUGGCCAGUGACCCAAAGAAGUGUUACACAUCAGCUGGUCUACGCCUAUGAAAAUGUUACGCUGAACAGUUCAACUGGAAACGAGCUGACCUACACAUUGAAAUCUUCCUGCAGGAGUUCUGGUCGCUAUGUCUGUCGAAGCGUUGGAUUGUCCGUGGAAGCAACAGAAGAUGGCAAACUGGAUUUGCUUAUCACUGAUUGUAAUCCAAGAAUGUGUUCAGGCAGUGAGUGCAACAAAAUUGUUUCCGCUUCAACGGGCAGUCAGGUGGCUCUGACCUUCUGUGUGAUCGCCUCUGAGGCUGAUGUCACCGUCCCCCAACUGAGGGCCUUCCGAACUCUCGGCGUAAGACAAUCUUCACUCCAGGAUAAAAUAAAUUUCACUUUCACGCCUCUUUCUGGAAUCAGUUAUGAGCUGACUGUGAAUGUAUGGAACGUUACGGUGGAAGAUUAUGGAGAAGUGAAUUUGGAAAUCACACGCUCACAAAGAAGCCUUCGAUUUAAAUUCCAAUUACUACCAACAGGUGCUCUAUCCCAGUACUUUAACUACACUAAAAAAGAUCAGUUAUUGUCGUGUAAGUCAUCAUGGUACCCUUGUGUGGUGGUCAUCAGCAAAGGACACAGCGGUCAGAUCUUAAACUCAGUCAACAACACAAUCAUUAAGAAUGAGAUGGUCGUCCUCAAUGCAACUCUGCCACUAGCCACAUGUGGCGAUAUGGGAGUAUAUAAAUGUGUUAUAACUGACUUUAGAGGCGUCAAUAUGGUGAAAGAAAUAUUUGUAGAUCCUGAUGAAUGUUCACCUCGACUGUGUGAACACCAGGAAGACUAUCAAAACAUCACGUUAAAACUGAGCAGCUCUGCGGGUCUCAAAGUCUGCAUCAUGGGUCGGUUUGAUUCAAGGCAACAAAACGUUACAGUCUCUGUAUUUCGCAAUACAAUCCCAUUUUCCAGAUUUACCACAGAUCUGGUGAGAACCAACGAAUUCUAUCACUACGUGAAGAUCCAGAUUUCCGACAUACAGGCAGCUGACAGUGGCCAAUACAAUGUGGAUGUAAUAGCCAAUACAUUCAAUAUCUCCACAAUCUUCAACAUCUUCGUUGAAAGACCUCCAGUUCUCUGUAAUAACACACACAACGACAUUACUAUAAAUGUCAAACAUGGACAAUAUGUUAACGUCUCUUUUUGUGUGCAUACAUCUGAUUCCGUUGCUGAGGUCAGGCUGAACAGAAAGCAAAUGACUAUCUCAGAAACACCACAGCUGAAUUCAACUGGACAUGUAUACUUAAAUCGCACCUGCCCAGAUACGUUGGAAUUACAAAUACAGCUGCCAAGAGUCAGAUCACAGAUGACAUGGUCAUACAUUGUUAAUAUCAUCACCAAGCUGGGUUAUACAUUUUUUUAUAGAUUUCAUCUAAAUAUUACAGGAAACUUGACGUUAUGUGAAGGUGAAGCAAUAUCAAAAACUGUCAAAGUGAAGCUGGGCUCAACAGCAGUCGUUCAUUUCUGUGUGACUACAGACCUGGACCUGGGCAGUCACAUCGGCAUCAACAAUCAGACUUAUGCAAUCAACCGUUUUAACGGAGCUAGAGAUAAGAUAGGCGUUACGUCACACCGGAAAGACAAUUCUGACACCACUGACCACUACCUGCAGAUGUACAUCCAGAACGUUACGGAAGAUGACAUCGUGCAGUAUGUCAUCCGCAUCAAGCCGACAGUGUCCAUCGAUCUAACAGUUAUCGUAGAUCUGCGGGAAUCAGACGAUGCGUACCCAAAAGGUUGCAGUGAUAGACAGCCCAGGAUGUACACAUUAGCUGAUAUAGGAGAAGCCGUGACUGUGGACGUUUGUGUGGUUACGAUGUGGCGCGAAGGAAACGACGUCAUUCACCACAUCAACAUUCUGAAUGCUAAUAAACAAACCCUCAAUGUUAAUGUAACAAACUUUACCCGGAAGUUAGACAAUAAUUCUAUUUCUGAUACUUUGCACGUCAUACAAGCUCACUUUUGGAAUAUCACCAGCCAGAACUUCGCUCGCUAUGGCGUCAGUAUUGAGUUUGCGAAUAACGUGACUUGGCGAGGUGUGUUUUACAUUGUCAAUAGAAAAGAUUCUGUUAGCUGCCCGCCCACACUAUGUUCCAAAGUGUCCAAACUCCAGCAACAUUCUCACCAACAAACUUUUUGUCUCUCCGCUUAUGGCCAGACUGAUGACCGCCUACAGGUCAACUCUAACCUAUAUAUGAUUCAAGACGACUCAGGAUGCUCGGAAUGUCGUCCUGAAAAGGUUGAUGGGAAUGUAACCUUUGACAUCCGGGUGUUUAGCUGGUGGAAUCAUGUGACGUCAAGGCGUUACGUCAUCGUGCUCAAAGACAAGGUUCCGUCAGACAAGUUAACCUUGAAAGUCGAAUUUUUGUCAGCAGACGUAGUCUACUCGUUUUCAAAGAAUCCUGAAGUUCAAGUUUCAGAUGAGACCACAACAUACAUUAUGAGUCGAUCAACUGAUGCGACAAACACGAGUUAUACUUUAAGACCAGCGGCAGUUACAGGUAUAGAGACGAUUCAUGUGUCCAGUUCUGAACCAAUACCUCUGCUACUGAUUGCUGUGGUCUUCUCAGUAUUAUCCUUUCUGAUGUUUACAGUACUCGUCUGUAUCACCGUGGUCAGGGGCAGACACUCAAGACGUUCUGUCUCUAGAAGAAAAAGUUCCGAAAAGUCCGUGACAUCCUUGGGCGAGGUCUCUAGACUUCUGAACACUACCCAGUGCUCUCAGGACACAGGAAGAUGUCUCCUCAACUUAGACGAAAGUCAACCACCAAGGAAAACUAGCGCGGACUAUAGUAUGUUGUCAGGAGAAUAUAUCACUCCGCUCGAUUUGUAAAUAUAAACAUUGGGGAAAAGAAAUGAAACAGUAUUCUAUUAUAUAUAUAGUCCAUUGUCACUGCCUUGUGAUCGUAAAUAUAUUGAUCAUCUGGUGAUACACUUAAGGACACAUAAUGUAUGUGCCAUUUAAAUAAGCUAGAUACUAACUGUAGCCAAAAUUGUUAAUUAAUUGCAGGGUGUCAUCUAUUAUCAGUUAAAGCAGUUUGACGAACACUGAAUAUCGCAACUGCAAAGUUAGUGUUUCUUUUUAGUUUAAUUGGAUCUGCAAUCAUUAGUAAAUUCUCUUGAAGUUUUUUCAUCAACCUUGCUUUGCGCUCCUUGAGAUCGGCUUAAGAUUGUUGUGUUUUCUUUAACCUGCACGAAUAAUUUGGAGCCUCUACUAUAUCUCUGUUUGGUAUCUGAGGCAUCGGUCUCACUUUAUCUUAGCUUAUAUAAUACAGACGUUACUUCAAAAAAGAUGAUGAUUACGUCCUACGCGUCAUGCAUUCAGUCAGGCAUAUUAACCAAUGACUUAAAUUCAGCCAAGUCACUGGUUUUCCUGGCUAGCUCAGGCAACCCAUUCCAUGCUCUAAAAGCACUAGGGAAGAAGGAGUGUUUGUACAAAUGUGUCCUAGCAUAUGGAACGAGGAGUGUGCCUUUAUCUUUGUGUCUUUCUGAGUAUUUUAUUAAAUUUUGUUUUUGUAUUUGAAGAUUAUAGUUCAGUUUCUUAUGUAUAAUUUCUACUUUGUGUUUAAGUCUUUAAGUCACUUUACCUAGCCACACAAAGGCUAUAUAGAGAUUUGGGUUUAAACCAGGGGUUCUCAACCUGUGGGUCGCGACCCCCUUAGUAGUCGAUUGACGAUUUGCCUAAGACCAUCGAAAAUAUGGAUUUUUUUUGUCUAUUCUUCUAUUGCUGUGUGGAUGGGGGUCGCCGGAGAGUGGGGAUUGUAAAAAGGGGUCGCUGAGCUUAAAAGGUUGAGAACCGCUGGUAAACAGAUAUACGACUAUUAAAUAAAAUGCAGUUCGUUUUUUUAACACCAUUAACUUUAUUCUAGAGCUCCUAAAAGUAGCUCUUUUCCACUUUUCCCGUUCAGCAGCUGUACUUAGAUGGAUAGCAAGAGAGAGGCUGGCCCAUUCUUUUGCUUUGUCCAGCAAUCUAGUAUAUACAUGUAGUUAUCAGAAUUUAAUUUGCUUUUGCUUAUAAACUGGCUAGUUUCACGUUGCUGUUUUUCAGUAAAUCUGUGAAUAUCGAGCCUUGCCAUAUAGGUUUGCCACCAACUUUGUGCUAAUUUUUCACCGGCUUCAUGGCUGAAGAGUUCUUAAAACUUGUCCUGGGACUCAAGAGAUGAAUUUAAAAAAAAAAAAUACUAAACCUUGCUAUUUUUGUAAAGAAAAGGGAGAAUCUGCUACAUCACUGCUGACUAAUUUACAACUUAUUGCCAUUUAUUUCGGUCUUUGCUGUUUUUCAGUAAAUCUGUGAAUAUCGAACCUUGCCUUAUAGGUUUGCCACCAACUUUGUGCUCAUUUUUCACCGGCUUAUGUUGGUGUCUUGUUCAAUUGUUUGUUUCUUUUUUGCUUGUCAGGUGGCCAAACCAAUUUUCUGUUGGCGUUGGUUCUGCUGGGUGUCGCAGACACAUUGAUUGAACGUGUAAACGUGAACACGGGUUAUGUAUGACCAGUUUAGUCAGUUGGUGAAAUGACUUAGUGAAGUUUAGUUUUCUUGUCAGUUGGAAGUCAUAUAAAAAACAAGUUAGUCCUUAGUCAAUUGAUCAGACAAGUUUGUGAAGUCAAGUAGUGGACCAAGUUACAACCAUGUUACGACCAUAUAUAUAUAUAUAUAUAUAUAUAUAUAUAUAUAUAUAUAUAUAUAUAUAUAUAUAUAUAUAUAUAUAUAUAUAUAUAUAUAUAUAUAGUAGGCCUAUGUGCCUGCGUGAUUGUGAAUAAAAAUGAUCUAUGUAAAUUAUAUUCAUGUAUUAUCUUCAAGAAUGUUGGAUUUAUUUUAUGUAAAUAAACAUCUUGCAUCACGUUUCUGUAAUUGUUAGUCCAGUCUCCAGACUGUUAAGCUGCAUACCAAUGUAAUGGUAUUUCUAAUAUCAACAAAAAGGCAUAUUCAUCUACUGAAUGUUACAGUCACAGCCCUUCAUAUUUGUUACAUGUACAGACUUGACUUAUUGUGAACUUUUAUUCUUUGACUUCCUUGUUUACCUGGAUUUAGUGUUUAUUCUACAGCUUUUAAGAGCGGGUAACUAGAAUAUGUUUACAAAUGUAUAUUCUAUGAAGAUUUUUAUUGUACCGGUACUAGGUCUAUAUGUAUUUUUAUUAACAUAUUUUGAGAUUUAUUGACAAAUUUUAAAAUAGAUUUAGUGGCUAUCUUGGAGUGGAUAAAGCAUGACAUUGUGCUGACCAAAAGUUAAAGUAAGUACAACCCUCCCCCCCCCCUCCCUUUUCAGACCUAUUGGGCAGAUGACGUAAAGGUCUACUGUGUUUAAGGUCAACGGUUAAUAAGGAUGUCACGUGGUCAACAAAACGACGAACUGUUGUUACUUUCCCCAACUCAUGCCUGAUACCUAAUAGAUGUGGGUGGACUAUAAAGGUCAUCCUAAAACUUCCACAACCCCCUGGAUGUCCCUAAAGCUACAUUGAAAAUCUACAGGUAAUACAAGAUUAAGACUAUAUACCUGUUAUUCACCUUUUGGUUUGUAAUAAUAAUUU